AUGAUUUGGAAUACAAGAAAUUCAACUUACACAUUUACAGCUCCAGAGUUUCCUAUUUUGGAGAAGCAGAACUGGUUGAUACAUCUCCACUAUAUCCGGAAGGAUUAUGAAGCAUGCAAGGAUGUUAUCAAAGAACAGCUUCAGGAGACUCAGGGGUUAUGUGAAUAUGCUAUCUAUGUCCAAGCAUUGAUAUUUCGCCUGGAAGGAAAUAUCCAAGAAUCCCUAGAACUCUUUCAGACGUGUGCUGUUCUCAGCCCUCAGUCUGCUGAUAACCUCAAGCAGGUGGCCAGAUCUUUAUUUCUUUUGGGAAAACAUAAAGCUGCCACUGAAGUAUAUAAUGAAGCAGCUAAACUUAACCAGAAAGAUUGGGAGAUCUGUCAUAACCUAGGAGUUUGCUACAUUUACCUGAAACAGUUGGACAAGGCACAAGACCAGUUGCACAAUGCCCUACAUCUUAACAGGCAUGAUAUGACUUACAUAAUGCUGGGCAAGAUCCACUUGCUGGAGGGAGACUUGGACAAGGCCAUCGAAAUCUACAAGAAAGCAGUGGAGUUCUCACCAGAAAAUACAGAACUUCUCACAACUUUAGGAUUACUCUACCUCCAGCUUGGCAUUUACCAGAAGGCAUUUGAACAUCUUGGAAAUGCACUGACUUACGACCCCACCAACUACAAGGCCAUCUUGGCAGCAGGCAGCAUGAUGCAGACCCAUGGGGACUUUGAUGUUGCCCUCACCAAAUACAGAAUUGUAGCUUGUGCUGUUCCAGAAAGUCCUCCACUCUGGAAUAACAUUGGAAUGUGUUUCUUUGGCAAGAAGAAAUACGUGGCAGCUAUCAGCUGCCUGAAACGAGCCAACUACUUGGCACCCUUCGAUUGGAAGAUUCUGUAUAAUUUGGGCCUUGUCCACUUGACUAUGCAGCAGUAUGCAUCAGCCUUCCAUUUUCUCAGUGCAGCCAUCAACUUCCAGCCAAAGAUGGGGGAGCUCUACAUGCUCUUGGCUGUGGCUCUGACCAAUCUGGAGGACACAGAGAAUGCCAGGAGAGCCUACGCAGAAGCAGUCCGCCUGGAUAAGUGUAACCCUUUGGUAAACCUGAACUAUGCUGUGCUGCUGUACAACCAGGGAGAGGAGAGGGGCGCCCUGGCCCAGUACCAGGAGAUGGAGAAGAAAGUCAACCUACUCAAGGACAGCAGCUCUCUGGAAUUUGACCCGGAGAUGGUGGAGAUGGCCCAGAAGUUGGGAGCUGCUCUCCAGGUCGGGGAGGCACUGGUCUGGACUAAGCCAGUUAAAGAUCCCAAAUCAAAGCAGCGGACCACUUCAACCAGUAAAGCCGCCAGUUUCCAGCAGCCUCUGGGUUCUAAUCAAGCUCUAGGACAGGCAAUGUCUUCAGCAGCCGCAUAUAGGAAGCUCCCCUCAGGUGUCGGAGGAACAUCCCAGCUCACAAAGCCACCAUGUCUUCCUCUGGAGCCAGAGCCCACUGUGGAAGCACAACCAACUGAAGCAUCAGCACAAAUAAGAGAAAAAUAG